AUGCGCUUUACAAUCGUCUCGCUGCUCUCCCUGUCCGCGCUCGCCCUCGCCGCGCCGGCGCCCGAGCCCGCGCCCCAGGGCAACGUCGCGCCCACGUGUAGUGAGGCCGGCGACUGCGCGUCCUUCUGCACUCAACCGUGCACGCGGCCGUUCUGCGGCCUCUCGGCCUUUGGUGACCAGCGAUGCUUCUGCGGGUGCUAA